AUGGUGAGGAAGAUGAAGGUGUACUCGACGUCGUUCAUGGCAUUCUUUUAUACGGCGAUAUUCUUUUACGGAGCGGAUGCUCUGGUGAACGUCACGAGGAAUGGUGCUACAUUUACGACGGUAGUGGCCGCCUGGCCUGAGGUCCAGGACAAGUCGCCGUUGGCUGACGUGUUCAGGGGGUUCUUCUACGUCGUCUUCUUGAUGUUCAUGCAGCUUCUGUGUGGCGUUUACACCACCGUCAUCACGAUGACCAUUUGUCUCAGCCAUCAGUACAAGAAUCUGCAGAGUUACUUUCACAAUUUGAGAAGAAUAUUUGAUGAGAAUGUGAGUCAACGGCAAAAGGAAGCGAAAUAUUUGGAUGGCUUCAAGCUUGGUGUAACUCUGCAUGCAAAAACGUUGUGGUGCAGACAGGAAUGGCAGUCGAUUUGCAACAUCUUGUUCAGCUUGCAAGUUAUACUGAAUGUUAUUGUUCUAAUCCUGACGUUGUCUCAAAUGGCGGCUUUUCGCAUACCAAUGGCGAUGUACCACUCGGGCUGGCACCACUGUCUCUCAGCCCCGGAGAUCAGGAAGCUGGUGGUGUGCGCCAUGAGGCAAGGACAGAAACCGGAAGUUCUAUGGGCCCUCGGCAUUGUACCAAUGUCCUACGAAUCCUACGUUUCGAUUGUAAAGUCAUCGUACACAAUAUUUUCGGUACUAUAUUCACAGAAUUAAGGUAAAAACCGGCCAAGGGCGUGUCGGUCUCGG